AUGCACAAUCAAUUCAAUCAUCUAUCUAUCUAUCUAUCUAUCUAUCUAUCUAUCUAUCUAUCUAUCUAUCUAUCUAUCUAUCUAUCUAUCUAUCUGAAUCCUUAUCUAUCUAUCUAUCUAUCUAUCUAUCUAUCUAUCUAUCUAUCUAUCUAUGUCUCUUUCGCAGGUGACAUUAUUCGAGCUGAUGGUGCCAAAGCAGGGAAAUUUGUCGACGACUUCUACCGGCUACCCGUCGAUGUUGAUGCUGACGUCCAGUGUUGCUGGAUCUUCGUCUUUUUGUCAUUGACCUGCAUCCCGAAGCCUGACAAGUAUAUUUGUUUAUUUCUUUUUCUUCUUUUUCCUUUUGUUUCUGGGUUUUCUUCUGUUCGUCUGUUUUUUCUGUCUCUAUUUCUCUCUCUCUCUCUGUCUUUGUUCUUUCUUUCUUUCUUUAUUUUUGUUUCUCUUCCUCUCUCUCAUUUUAUUUCUUUUCUUUCUUUCUUUCUUUCUUUCUUUCUUUCUUUCUUUCUUUCUUUCUUUCUGUUUCUUUUCUCUUUCUUUCUGUUUCUUUCUUUCUUUCUUUCUUUCUUUUCUUUCUUUUUCUCUUUCUUUUCGUCUUUCUUUCUUUCUGUUUCCUUUUGUUUGCUUGUUUCUUUCUGUCUCCCUUUGAUUGUUCCUUUCUACCUUUCUUUCUUUCUUUCUUUCUUUCUUUCUACUCCUAUUACCAUACUCUUCUUUCUUUCUUUCUUUCUUUCUUUCUUUCUUUCUUUUUCUUUCUUUCUUUCUUUCUUUCUUUCUUCUCCUAUUACCAUACUCUUCUUUCUUUCUUUUCUUUCUUUCUUUUUCUUUCUUUCUUCUCCUAUUACCAUACUCUUCUUUCUUUCUUUCUUUCUUUCUUUCUUAACUUUCUUUCUUUCUUUGUCUCUUUCUUUCUGUCUCUCUGUUUCUUCUUUCUUUCUUUGUAUGUUUGUUUCUUACUUUCUUUUCUCCUUCCUUUCUGUUUCCUUUUGUUUGCUUCUUUCUUUCUGUCUCCCUUUGAUUAAACGAAAUAUCUAUCUCUCAGUCCAUCUAAGUCUAUUCAUAUCUAUCUAUCUAUCUAUCUAUCUAUCUAUCUAUCUAUCUAUCUAUCUACACGAAAUAUCUAUCUAUCUAUCUAUCUAUCUAUCUAUCUAUCUAUCUAUCUGA